AUUUAAAGGUAAUUACUAAAUAAGAAAACAGACGUAAGCUAAGUAGAAAAUUCGUAAUCCAUAAUCUAAAUAUUAUUGUAUACUCACACCUUUUUUUGUGGUUUUCAAAAGGAAACGACGAACUCAUUUGAUUUUAGAAGAUUCAGUAACGAACGAGAAUUUAACGAAUAUGUAUCUUAAAUUAUAUUUUUUUCUUUUAGUGUGCACAUCCCUUUGGAUAUUUGUUGUCACAAUGAAUACAAAAAUUCGACCGAUCAAGAAAAAGUUUAUUCCCAGACAGAAUACUUUAUGUCCACCUAAUGAACCAUGUGAUAAAACACCAGGUUAUCCACUAAAAGCUAUUACCGCAUUACUUAGAAGAAAUAAGAAAAAAAUCGAAUUCCUAUCCGGGACAGCAAUGCAACCGUUGAACGAAGCUACAUUUCGAAGUCCAGAAGACCCAGAGAAUCUUUGCAAAACGAGGAGAUACUCAGUAGCACCUAAAACGGCUCCAGAUAUCCGAAAUAUUACGAAAUUUAUUGUUAACGUGGAAGGUUUUAAGCAACUGGUUACAUAUGAAAAUUGCAUGAGAGAGAAAGACGGCACUGAAAAAGUUUGUACUGGAUAUGAAUUUUGGCCAAACGACUUCAAAACCACCUGCAGACAAGCGCAUACCGUCAUCAGAAUGCUGAGUGUAACUUACUCUGGAAAAAUGGAUUACGCAUAUUUUCCUAUCCCAAGUGGCUGCCACUGUGCGUACACUAAACUGAACAAAUUUGAUUACGAUUGAAACGAAGAUAAGACUAAUAUUAAAAAAAUAACGAAAAAAGGAAUAAGACUUGUUAAUUUUCGUGUAAUUAUAUUGACAAAAAUUGGGAAAUCUACUGUUUCUUCGCGAAUUGCGCAUUUUCAGAAGUCUCAAAAACGUAUUUAGAGGUCUUGCUAUGUAAUGACUUACUUGUACUGAAAUUAUGUCUGAAUUUUCGUACUAAAUAUUGUUUUUUGUCGUUUUGAUAAAGUAAUGUUUAUCCACAAAAUCGCACGUCUUUAAAAACCUAAAAAAUGUUGCUUUUUGAUGAAUUAUUAUUUUUUUUAUUGAUAUUUGUCUAUGGUGUCUCUUUUACCAAUUUUUACUGAAUAAGCAAUUAUUAUUACAUAACUCUACCUAAUCGAAUGCAGCGUGUUACUCGAAUUCACGGGAAUGAACAAGAAUAUAGAGUAGAAACUAUAAAUUAUAUAAAAAAUUAUAUAAUUCAAAAUAUCUCGAAUACGGUCCAUUUCAAAGAAAUUAUGUAUAGGAUAAAAAUUAUAGAUAAUUAUAUUACAAACAACUUUUAUUUGAUCAAUUUUUAUAAAAAAUAAUUUUUUUUUACAUUUUGUCAAAUUUCUCGAAUACGGACCAUUUAAGGAAAAUUUUGUAUAUAACAAAAAUUAUAGACAAUAAUAUUUUAAGUAACUUUUAUUUGAAGAAUUUUCUUCUCCAAACGUAAAUAACAGAUAUAUUCCAUAAAAUAUAAAAAAGCCCACCUAUAAAGUACCCUCCCAAAUAUUCCGACUCUGCCCAAAAUCUAUUCAUUUUAUUGGAGGCCGAAAUAAAACUUAAGUUUAAAAUUUAACGUUUUUUCCUUUAUCCGUUUUUGAGUUAUCUUCAAAAUUCGAAAUUUACACAUUUUCUCAAAUAUCUCGAAUACGGUCCAUUUUAGAGAAAUUAUAUAUAAAAUAAAAAUUAUAGAUAAUUAUAUUACAAAUAACUUUUAUUUGAACAUUUUUUAUAAAAAGUUAUUUUUUUUAAAUUUUGUCAAAUUUCUCGAAUACGGACCAUUUAAGGAAAAUUUUGUAUAUAACAAAAAUUAUAGACAAUAAUAUUGUAAGUAACUUUUCUUUGAAGAAUUUUCUUCUCCAAACGUAAAUAACAGAUAUAUUCCAUAAAAUAUAAAAAUGUCCAUUUAUAAAGUACCCCCCCAGAUGUUCCGACUCUGCCCAAAAUCUAUUCAGUUUAUUGGAGGCCGAAAUAAAACUUAAGUUUAAAAUUUAACGUUUUUUCCUUUAUCCGUUUUAGAGUUUUCUUCAAAAUUCUUAAUUUACACAUUUUCUCAAAUAUCUCGAAUACGGUCCAUUUUAG